AUGGACGAACUCAAGAAGGUUGUUCCAGGUGAGCUUUAUAAUCCAGCUCUUCCCGAGAUAGCUGCACUUCGCAUCAAGGCCCAAGCCAAAUGUUUAGAAUUGAAUCAAACUCAUCCAGGAUUGACGACAGAAAGGGAACUGCUUCUUCGCGGGCUAGUUGGGAGCUGUGGGGAAAACUUCACGUUCGAUUCGCCGUUCUUUUGCGACUACGGCGUGAAUAUCCACCUUGGUGAGAACUUCUACGCUAACUACAAUCUCGUCAUACUCGAUUGUGCUGAGGUUCGUUUCGGUGACAAUGUGAAGCUAGGCCCCAAUGUUGGCAUUUAUACCGCUGGUCACCCUAUUGGCCCAAUCAAGCGGAAAGAGGGAUUGGAAUUCGCCCUCCCUGUCAAAAUCGGACACAACGUUUGGAUAGGAGGAGGAGUAUCCGUCUUACCGGGAGUGACCAUAGGCGAUAAUGCAGUGAUAGGCGCUGGAAGCACUGUCACUCGUGAUGUUCCACCAAAUGUGAUUGCUGGCGGGGUUCCUUGCAGGGUAAUUAGGAAGAUUACCGAGGAGGAUGAGAAGACCUUGCUGUUCACCAAAAGAUAG